AUGGCCAUCGGUCUAACAAAGGGUGCGCCUCGGCUCCUCCGCACGGUAAAGGGCAGGCCGCAUGCCACGAACGACGACCACGCCGAGCAACUCCUCACCCCGCCCGGCACGAACAGCACGCGCUCGUCCAUGGCUACCGCGCCGACGGCGAAUAGUGGCGAAGAAGAAGACGUCACUCGAUCGCCCGAGUCAAGCGGGGAUGAAAGCGUUGCAAUAACGAGUCAACGGUCCUCGUUCAGGACUCCGCGACAAUUGGAUGGAGGCGCGGAGGAGCAGACACGCCCCCUGGCGGCUUUCGCGAGACCAAAGACUCUUAGUGGCGCCAGCAGUCCGGGAAGUGCGGGGAGCAAGAGGCAUAGCCCCGGUUCGGAGGGGCUCAAGAGCUUCGGCAAUCCUGGCGAUGAUGAUGACUCGAUGGUCUUUGGGCCGGAACACAGGAAGAGGCAGAAGAGCGCUGCGACAUAUGUCAAUAUUCACGCGCCGCGGAGGAAAGAGAAGGGAUAUGGGAGCAAGCGGAAGCAGCAACAGCAAGAGCGAACCCCUCAGAAGUCUUCUGGUAAGAAGGCGGUUGCGUUUCAACGGCCCUCGAAUGUUGGGGAGCUCGAGGAAGAGGAGGUAUCCAAACCGAAGCUGCCGCUGUUCAAGAAGGCUGUAGGCGUCGAUACCGACAUGUUCGAGUUUGGAAUGGAUCGCUCAGAAACGCAGACCACGCAAGGAAAGGAUCCGCUUUCGCCGGAACUCUCGUCCCUCAGCUCCGCAUCAAACAGUCCGGACGUGCAGGAAGUCAAGAGGCUGAACAUCUCAAACGCACCGCCUUACAGACGCUGCGUCGAAUGUCAGAUCUGCAACGAGGAGCUCGAUCCUGCGCUCCAGGAGGAAUUCCAAAUACAGUUCACGAACGGCAAGCACAUCUUGGACUACAAAUGGCAGCAGCGCUUCUGUCGAUGGCACCGGCAGCGAGACGCCGAGCGCCAACGUGUCGAGCACGGAUAUCCGAACGUCGAUUGGGAGCAGCUGAACCGGCGAAUGCGGAACUUUCAUCGGCACUUGAAAGCGGUCAUUUCCGGGGCCAAGCCGUCGUUCUACAGGAAGCAAUUGAAUGAGAAGAUUAGGGAUGGCUCGAAGACCGCUUUGGGAGCUCUCACUACGGAAGGAAAGAGGAGAGAGGUAUCGGUGGGGUAUUACGGUCCCCGAGGGGAAAGAGUGAUGACCGAACACAUCGUCUCGCAUCUCUCUGACGACCUCCGCCGCCAAUCGACGAAAGACCGACUGGUAGCCGCAGUCGGGGUCUCCGGCGGUGUCUCCGGGUUUGUGCAAUCGGUCCUCGUGCCGGAACUGGCGGAGCAGCUGGUGUGUGAGGACAUGCGCGUUCCCGAGGAGCGGGCGCGUGUAGUUUUGAAGGAGAGCGGCGAGUUGGGCGAGCUGUUGCAUCCCGAUGCGAAUGACCGGGUCGAGCAUGUGGUGGUGGAGGAGCUGUGUUGA